CUGUUUGAAUGUCAUGUCAACGUGUGCCACACCAGGCUGGAGCUGAACAACAUCAGGUUGGAGGCUUCGGCAAAGCAACAGUGCAACAAGUUUGAUGCGCUUCAGAAGGUGGCUCAGGAGGACGCCAGGAUGAGAGCUCAAUUGGAGGACUUGGUGACAAAUCUUCAGAGUCGGAAGCUUACGUUGGAGGAUCAACUCAACAAAGAGGUUCAAAAACAUAACGUGUUGUCAAACAGCGCUCAAGACACUCAGGUCAUGUGGGCGGAGGAACUGAAGAGCCGCUCCAAGUUAGGACUCCGUCUAGCAGAGCUGGAAAAGGAAAAACAUGACAUGAACACCCAGGUGGAAAUGGCCCAAAAGAAAGCCGAGGAAUUAACAGAACAAAAAUGGUCCGUCAACUCUCGUCUGGACCAGGAGAUAAAGAGAAACUCGGAGCUUCAAAAGGAAAUCUACAGGCUUCAAUCUGUGCUUAAAAUUGCCAAGAAGAAACUGCAUGAUCAGCAAACGAGUGUAGGGGACAGACAAAAGUUAAAUCUCCAGGUUGACCAACUUCAGGCCAAGCUGGAGAAAGAAAUGUCCUCCCGCAGCCAGUUGGAGAGGACCAAGAAGCAGCUGGAGGAGGAGGUGCUCAAUCUGAGACGGAAUCAAGGACCCCCUUCGGACGGAGUCGGCCCGGCGCCGCCAGCCAACAUCCAAUACCGAUGCCACUGCUCAAAAGUCCCCAACCUUCCGAGCGAAGGACCGAGCUGCAGUGUGGAGGACUACCUGGCCAAGAUGCGGCAAGAUCUGGACGAAGCCAUGUCAAGAGAAUUAGGCAAUCCCUCUGUGAAACUGGACAUGCCUUCGACGUGUGUGUCGCCUGUGAGUCGGGCAAGACAGCAGUAUGUCAAUAUAUUGAAGAAGAACCGGCAGGGAUGAGAGGCGCCACCGGUGAUCCUUUAACAGCAGUUAAGUAGCGGAGCGUGGCGGUGCAAACGCUGCUGUGUAAGGAUGAAGAAAUUAUUCAAG